AUCAUAGGUAUAAUUUAGUGAGCAACUCCAAUAUCAUCAUCAUCUCCUUUUUCUCUCUCCAAAUUCUCUCUCAUCCUUUUGCACUAUAAAAGAAAAUAUUGCAUGCAUUUCCAAUAUCAUCAUCUACCAUAUUUCUCUAUUUCCCAACCCAGCCAAGAGAGAGAGAGAGAGAGAGAGAGAGAGAGAGAGAGAGAGAGAGAGAGAGAGAGAAUUAAGGCACUUAUAAAUUAUUGCCUUAUAAUAAUUAAGAAGUAAUUAAGGAAGAUGGCGAAAAUUAGCGACGGAAUUGCUUGCUUAAUGGUUGUGUUGGUGAUAAUUUGUUGCAAAAUUCCAGGAGUUCCAGCAGCUUCUUACACAGUGGGCGAAGCUUCUGGUUGGUCAAUUGGAGCUGACUACACCACCUGGACUUCUGACAAAACUUUUGCCGUCGGUGACACCCUCGUGUUCAACUACGCUCCGGGCCACACUGUGGAUGAAGUGAGCGCAAACGACUACAAGUCGUGCACCACCGGCAACGCCAUAGCCACGGACAGCAGCGGCGCCACCACCGUCGCGCUCAAGGCCGCCGGCCCUCAUUACUUCAUCUGCGGUGUUCCUGGCCAUUGCGGCGGCGGAAUGAAGCUAGCCGUCACCGUAGCAGCGAGCAGCACCGGUGGCGGUUCACUAUCCGGCACCACCACCACAUCUCCGCCGUCCAGCACCACCAUCCCCGGCACCACUUCUCCGGUACCCCCUACCGGCGUCGCAACUCCAGCUGAAGGCACUCAUAUAGAGCCAUCUUCGGCGGCGGCGGCGUUAUCUCCGGCUGUGGCGGCGUAUCUGAGCUUUUUCUUCGUGAUGGUGAAGUAUUUUGUAGUGUAGAUUUAUGUAGCCAGGAUAGAGGCAGUGCUUCCAUUAUAUUUCCUCUGCUAUUUUUAAUUUCCAUUUUCUGAGAUUUGUGUUCCUUAUUUUCCUCUUUUAAUUUCUUCCUAUCGGUAAUUAAUUAAUUAAUCUCCUUGUAAUUUCCUUUAUUAUUUUCGAUUAAUAUGUUGUGUCUUAUGUUUUA